GGGCGAUGCCGUGCUCGCGUGCCCAGAGCGGGAGACAGCGCCCAGCCGUGCGACGGGAGAGUCGGCGCGCGUCGCGGUGCGUGGGCGGUGCUUGUGGCUUGCGAGCAAAGCGCGGCGCGGGCCGUGCGGUGGCUGUUAGCGGCUGGGAACGAACCUCUACGUGUGCGUUAAUUGGUGUUUUCACUCCUCCACGUUUGUCGCCAUCGAUUUGUGGAGUUGCUUGCGAUGUGUGGUGAGGCUGGCGGUGCGAGUGGAAAGUUGCGGCGUAGAAACAGCGGCACGGUUCGUGAUCUACGUACCAAUCGCAAAGAGGUUUCUACGAUGAUGAACGCAACGUUUAUGUCGAUGAAAGUUAUUCACUCCUUUAUUAUUAUGAUGUGUGCAGGUUACAAUUCAGGUGGUGAUUUAACAAACGGUUACUCCGAAAUCUGACUACGGUUGUGGUGCAGAAAGACAAAUAUUCUUAAAGAAUUUCCGCGUAAUGCUACUAAUGGAAUAUAUAUUAUGGAAUUAAUAAAUUGUGUGCAUCAUUUUUAAGAGAAUUUCGUGAAAGAAUGCAAGCUUCUAAAAAGUUCCAUCGACAAUAGAAGAGGAAACUGUACAGACACCCUAAGAAACAACAUCGUAGCUCAAUAGGCGUAGUGAAAACAUAAUGAAAAUAAUGGAAAAACGUUUUUAUUGACGAAGGCCAUCAAAAUCGUUUGAUGUAUCAUAUCAACAGACAUUACUUGGAAGAUUUUGGUACAUCUGAGAAAACCUAUCCCAUAAAAUCCGUCACAAUGUUUGUUCUUAUUCCUGCACUCAUCUUGUGUAUGAUUGCGAAGACAACUGGAGGAAAUGUAAUAGUUCCAGAGAGAUUUUCGAGGGUCAGAGAAAAGCUGAUUGCAGACACGAAACUGAACGUGAUUCCAACAUCAAAUUGUUGGUGUACCAAUUUUUCUACCUAUCUGCAUAUUUCUGGCUGAACGCAAUGUGUGUUGAUAUGUACUUGGCCUUCAGGCAGCUGACGGGCGCGCGGCGCCGCGAGGGCUCGCGCUUCCUGGCGUACUCGCUGUACGCGUGGGGCUGCCCCGCCGCCGUGGCCGGCGCCACCGCCGCCGUGCAGUUCGCCCUCGACCCGCAGGACGACGCCCUGCUCGCGCCCUUCAACCCCAACGGGUGCUACUUCCGCAGUAAUGAGGGACUGUUUCUUUACCUCUACGGACCAGUACUCCUCCUCCUCCUAGUCAAUCUACUGCUGUUUGUGCUUACGGCUACCCGUAUUCAUCAGUUACAUCGAGACACGGCGGCCAUCUUGGAUCCAGAUGAGCGGGGCACAGCCUUAUGCAGCCAGGGAAGGGCCAUGCUGUACGUGCGCCUGCUGUGGAGCAUGGGCGUGGUGGAGAUGGCGGUGGAGCUGAUGUCGUGGGACCAGGGCCGCGGGCCCAUGUCGCUGUGCAUCCGCAGCGUGGUCGACCUGUGCCGCGCGCUCUCCGUCUUCGCCGUGGCCUGCUGCCGCGCAGAGGUGCUGCGCGCCUUGCGCAGCCUGCGCGCCG